ACAUGCGCACCGACCGCCUCUCCAUCAGUGCGUGUGCACGAGUGUCCGCAAAGCCGCUGCUGCUCGUCUCCGCGCGCAGUACCAUCCAAAAACUUUGAUGAGCUGCAACCUUCACCAAGGAAACAAAACAACCGGACUGAAUACAUAAAAAAUAUAUAUUUUACAGGUUGCGUCCUCUUAUUUGGGUCGAUCAAGGUUUGAAAAUGGAAAGUACUCCUGUUGCAAUUUUCAAAGAAGACAAUAAGUGCUUCUCCGCGCUGAUGGAAGACUGUCCGGUGAAUUCUUCCGCCUGGGUGUCUGGAUACCCCGAGAGCCGCAAUAUGACCCACGAUGAGAACUGGGAGCCGGAGGGCAUGUCUCCCAUCAUCCCCAUCAUCACUGCAGUCUACUCCGUGGUGUUUGUGGUCGGCUUGUUAGGCAACUGCCUCGUCAUGUAUGUGAUCAUCAGGUACACAAAGAUGAAGACAGCCACCAACAUUUAUAUUUUCAACUUAGCCCUCGCUGAUGCCCUCGUCACCACCACAAUGCCUUUCCAGAGCACGGACUACUUGUUGAAUACCUGGCCCUUUGGGGAGGUGGUCUGCAAGGUCUUCAUCUCCAUUGACUACUACAACAUGUUCACUAGUAUCUUCACCCUCACCAUGAUGAGUGUGGAUCGCUAUGUGGCUGUGUGCCACCCGGUUAAAGCCCUGGACUUCCGCACUCCAAUCAAAGCCAAGAUGAUCAACGUGUGCAUCUGGAUCCUGUCCUCGGCUGCAGGGAUACCUGCUUUUAUCCUGGGUGGCACUCAGACCAAGAGUGACAUAACUGAAUGUGCCUUACAGUUCCCAGAGCCGUACGUGUACUGGGACACACUGAUGAAGAUAUGUGUGUUUGUCUUUGCCUUCAUCGUGCCUGUGCUCAUCAUCACUGUGUGCUACUCUCUUAUGGUCCUGAGGCUGAAGAGCGUCCGAAUGUUGUCUGGUUCACGGGAAAAAGACCGCAACCUGCGGCGGAUCACGCGGUUGGUGGUGGUCGUGGUGGCUGUGUUUGUAGUCUGCUGGACUCCCAUUCACAUUUUUAUCCUGGUCAAGGCACUUGUGAGCAUACCUGAAACCACCGCCAUCAUGGCCGCCUACUUCUUCUGCGUGGCACUGGGCUACACAAACAGUAGCCUGAACCCUGUCCUGUAUGCUUUUCUGGAUGAGAACUUCAAACGCUGCUUCAAAGACUUCUGCCUCUCUGCCAAACUGAAUGGGGAGAAGGUGUCAGGAAGCAAGAAGACCCCCAGCAGUGUGCAUGGGCCCGCUGUGGCCCUGGAGAACCCAGAUGGGACUAGAAAGCCGACAUGACUAGCAGUGGAACUGUCUUCAAUUUCCCACAUUGGAAAAGAAGACUCACGUGACCUGGGCCUAACCCACGUCACAUCUGCAAUGUAGUUUUGACUCUAUUACAGAAUUAAUUUGUAUUAUCACUUGGGGUUUAUUGAGUGCCACCAUUUAUUGGAUAUGAUUUAAUUUUAAAAGAUCAAAUUAAUUAUAAGUUGUGUUCCACUUUGAUUUAUUUUUCCCCUAAUGGAAGAUUGCAAAUUUAUUGUAGGUGGAUGUGAAAUCGAAGAUAAUUUGGUUUAAGCUGGUAAAAAAGCCACAUGUGAUUUGUCUUUAUAUUAUUAAGAAAGAAUUGUCAGUAUGGACAAUUUGUUAAUUUUUUAAUAGGCGAACAAUUACCCACGACUAGCAAACCGCCCCAUGAUCAUCUCUUCUUUUUUGGAGAAAUAGUCGUAAUUGCAAUUCUGUCUGUUACUUCAGUGCCACGGACAGCGCAGUGAAUUGGUCAGUACACAGCACAGUUUCAGAGUCAUGGUCGGGGCCUUAGAUUAUAAUUUGAACAAACCUAGUCAGAUGAAGGAUCAGUUAGACAGACUAGACUAACAUAUUCAACUGCUAGGGGAUGGAGAGGGGGUGGCAGAUUAAUAUGCUUCAUUUUGGUCAUUUUGCUAAGAGGGAUGGCAUCCCCCCUCAAAUCUCUUACAGACUAGUACAGUUUUCCUAUAAGUUGGACAUCCCCAAACCCUGUGGCGCAUCCCAAACAAUAUUGCAAAAUGUCAACAUUUCUCGGGAAAAUUGUUGAUUAUAUAAUAGAAAAAUUAAAAAAGAGACAGAUGAAAAAUGUAACAUAAUUGAAUCUUUCACAUAGUAUACUUGUUACACCAGUGUUUUAAUGCCCAUUUAUAUGCUUUAUGUUUUUCAAAUGCCAAAUGCCAAUCUUUUCCUGUAAUUUCCGCCAAUGACGUUUUUAUUGCCAAAUGUGCCUUUGACAGUCCAGGAUAACACGUUUGUAGCAGCGGAAAAUGAUUACAGUAAUGAUUACAAAAUGGGCUCCAACAGCAGCUAUCUUUUAAUGCCACAAUUUCAGAGAACUGAGUCAUGUCGGACUUUGAAGUCACUGGGAGAUCCAAGCGAGUACGGAUUUUGGAGUAUCCAGACAGCAUCAAAGGAAGUUUUAUCUAUGAUAAAAAAAAUAUCCUGGACUUGAAUGUGCAUUUAAAAUUUGACAGAGGGCUCUCUAUCAGCUUUGACUCUGGAGUUGUGUCCAGUUUGAUAAGUUGUUUAUGGUACAUAAUUUAAUCACAUGUGCUUUGUGAAAUGCUUGAGCUAUUAUUGUAGGGAAAUGUUCUCAUCAGUGCAAUCUGAAAACAUGAGUAUAGCUGUUUAAAGUUGGUUAAAUACAGUAUAUUUAGUCAUUUGUACAGUAUGAUAGUAUGUAUAUAUAAUUUUGUAUAGACAACAAAAAAUAUUGCACAGACAUCACUGAAAUAUACCGUAUGUGUAGCAUGUCAAUGACCCUUGCUAUAUAUAAUGCAACAUAGGCAGCCUGUAUGCUUGAUGGACUGUGCUGUUUCGAAUGUACUGCAAAUAGAUUCUGUAUUAUAAAAACAUAUGAUAACCCAUGGUAUUAACUCAUCGAAGUCAUUAGCAAAUUUUUAUGUAAUUCAGUAGUUAAAUCCUUUUUCAUGAACAUUUUGUUUCACUCUCAAGUCCCUGAACCAGAGGUUUGUUGGUUUGGGGAAACUUUUUCUUACUGUUAACAAAUCUCUGUACAUACUAGCAUCAAAAUAUAUACAAAGCACAUAACUUCUGUUACUUCUGUUAAAACAAUAAGAGACGUUAUCCUAUGGAACCACACUGUGAACAAGACAUUGUUUUAUUAUUGUGCUUACUGUUUAAAUCCGUUGCUGCUGUAUAUUGUCUUUGACUGCUGCCAACCAAACAGCAGACGUACUGAUCAAAAACAUCCUGUGUGUAAAGCACCUAAUAUUAAAGCAAGUUUAACAAAUCCA